AUGAGUAGGGAGUUAGCCUUUCGUAAUCAUCGAUAUAAAUCCGAUGUUGACUACGUGGUGAAAGUGGCGAAAACACUAUUGACGCCGAUUGGUAUCUGGCCGCUCUAUCGAAGUGAUAGCUUGUCUGACAAGAUUAAAAUGUAUGCUCAAAUCAGCCUGGUCUUUAGCCUGAUGUGUUGUCUUUUGAUACCUCAUUUGAUCUAUACGUAUUUCGACGCGGAGAAGUUAACCAAAAUGAUGAAGGUCAUCGCAGCCCAGGUCUUCAGUACGCUAGCGAUCGUGAAAUUUUGGACGGUGAUUAUAAACAGAAAAGAGAUUGGAUAUUGUUUGUUGGAAAUGGAAAGGCAAUACAAAGAUGUCGAGUGCGAGGAGGAUCGUUCUGUGAUGGUGAAGAGCGCCAAGAUCGGUAGACUCUUCACCAUCGCUUAUUUGAGUUUAUCCUACGGCGGAGCUCUACCUUAUCAUAUUAUUAUGCCUUUGGUAGCCGAUCCAAUCGUAAAGGAUGAUAACACGACGAUGUUACCUCUACCCUAUCUCAGUGAUUACAUUUUCUUCGUCGUUGAUACUUCGCCCAUUCUGGAGAUCUUUUUCGUCGGUCAGAUCUUUGUCAGUAGUCUUAUACUCUCAACAAAUUGUGGCGUUUACAGUCUAAUCGCAAACUGCGUCAUGCAUGCCUGCUGUCUCUUCGAGGUCGUCCGUAGACAGAUCGACACGAUCUUUGAGUACGAAAACGAAAAUCUGCGUAAGAGAAUCUAUAACAUCGUUGAUAAUCAUCUUCAAGCGAUCAAGUACGCUGAGAAGAUCGAACAGGCAAUGAAUAUCGUAUUUCUUUGCGAGAUGGUUGGCUGUACCAUUAUCAUAUGUUUCCUCGAAUUUGGAGUCCUUGUGGAGUGUAUAAAGCUUGGAAACAUUACGUUUCUUUCCCAUCUUCCUUACCUAAGUCCAUACGUUUAA